AAGCAACCCGGAAGAGAUGUGCGCCACUGGUGACCCGUAGUUCGCCGAGGAGGGAGCUGCGGGGACAGACACAGGAUUGUUCUGGUCUGGCUUCGAUAACUGGAAAAAAAAAUGGCUCGCGUCUUCGAGCGUCGGAACCAGAAAAAAGUGUCAUGAAAGGAAAUGUCAAUUCUAACAGAAGACGCGUUGGGGCGUUAAGAUCGAUCUGUUGCGACGUCGACGGUAAAAGCCACGUCAGUCGGCGUGCCAAUUGCAUUCCUUCCGGUCUCAUUGCUGCCGUCAUCGAGUGAAAAGGUCCAAGUGUUUUUGCGACCAUGGCUCCCAUGGGCAUCCGCCUGUCACCGCUCGGCGUGGCCGUCUUCUGCCUUGUCGGAGUGGGCAUUUUGUACCACCUUUACGCCGAGGUCAUCUCCAGCAGACUGGCAGCUUUCAGGAGGAAGAAGAACAUAGAUGUUAGAGAACUUCUGGCUGCAUCCGUGGAGGCUGCAGUUCUUGGAGGCAAAGAGGUGAAGAAGGUGCGUGCCGAAAACAGUUUGAAGGAGAAGUCCAAGGGCAAGACAAAGGAGGGGGCCAACGAGCUUCUGACUCUGGGUGACCUGCUGUCGCAUAGAAAGAUGUACAACCUUCUCAGGAACACCUUCCCUGAGGUCACGGUAAUCAGCGAGGAACAUGACAACUUGGUAGAUCAGGCCGCCGUCUGGAGUCGGGUCAUUCCAGCGGAGAUACUCGACAAGAUUGAAGGAGGCAAGGAAGUUCCUGCUGAGCGUGUCACGGUGUGGAUCGAUCCUCUAGAUGCCACGCAGGAAUAUACAGAGAACCUAGUGAAGUACGUGACCACGAUGGUGUGUGUGGCUGUGGACGGUAAACCAGUGAUAGGGGUCAUACACCAGCCGUUCACCGGCUUCACUGCGUGGGCUCUGGUGCAUCAGGGAUCCAACAUGUCUGUUCGCUCAGCCUACAGCGUCAGCCCUCCUAAAGUCAUCGUGUCGCGUUCCCACUCAGGGAAAGUCAGAAGCUAUAUCCACGAUGCUUUUGGAAACAGUACAGCCAUCAUACAAGCAGGAGGAGCAGGGUAUAAGGUCCUGUCACUCUUGCAAAUGCCGCCAGGUGAUAAAGAGGCCAUAGACCAAGCCGAUGUUUACAUUCACAUCACUUUCAUUAAAAAAUGGGACAUCUGUGCUGGUGCAGCACUUCUGACUGCAAUGGGGGGACACAUGACAUCUCUGAAGGGAGAGGACAUUGACUACAGCGGGACGCCUCUCACCAAAGGAGGACUGGUGGCCAGCGUGAGUGUGGAUCAUAAGGCCAUACUGGGGAGGCUGCCAAACUGGGAUCCUGAUCAGCAGUGAAAGACCUGACACCAAAAUGGCUAGUACUGUCAUUUGAGAGCUUGUUUUUCCAGGAGUGUGGUGGACUAGACAUAACAAGACCUCACAAUGAAGACAAGUCAAGCCUGCCGUCAGUCACACAAUUCAUUGCUAUCGGCACCGUGGCUGGGCAGGGCGGCAGAGCCAACAUGGCCGCCACGGGGAACCACACUCCUCGACAUGAAUACACAGCACAGGUGCCGCAUGGUAAAAUGCUACAUACAAGGGCGGGACGCUUCAGAAACAUAAAGCAAGUCAUCAGCAAAUCUAAAUAAACCAAACACACAAGAUAGAAAAGGAUGCAUGUUCUUUCAUUUUCAUGGGAAGGCUCUUUCACGUACAAAAAAAACCCAUACGAUUUUUUUCCCAUCAAAGAAUUUUAAUCUAAUGAAUCCGUUCCAGACACCCAAAAAUAUUAGCAAAAAAAUUGCAUGCGCCAGGAUGGAGCUUGCGGACUUUCCCGUACAGCCUGGUGAGAUCAGCCGCGCGGAUGCCAUCUUUGUGCUUUGCCAUGAGUGCUUUCUUGAAUUCAAUAGUGUUUCUCGUUUUCUUGAUCAAACUGCCAACACUCAUAACAUUCUUUGGCCCCGUGGUGAGUUAUUCAGCAGUCGCACUCAGUUUAAAAAAAAAACAAAAAACAAAAGUAAGUCAGCAACGCGUAGGAUGCUUUGUUUGGGCACUCGGUUCCUCGAAAUAAUACAAUACAGGAACAACUGUGUAGUUACGCGCAAUAUAGUCAUCACCAAGACUGUACGAAGAACGAGGCAAAGUUUUUUACAUUUCAUACCCGGUGCAGAUGAGACGCCAUACCAGCACGCACCAAACAUGGUGUGAACAUGUUGAACCGUUUCACCCACUGAACACUGAAUACGAGUGUGUGUUCUCUCCUACCUUCAGCUUCAGCUGUUGCGGGCUGUUAUGAUGCACGGCACACAUGACGAGUGCACGAACUGGACUCAUGUUGACUUGAUGCAGGACUCGGGCCAACUACCAGACUGGGAGUGGCUUGAAUGAUCCAGCGAUACCUCCACAAGGAUGUGAUGUUGGCAUGUAAAUAUCAUUUAUGGUUUGAGUCGUUCAGGUGAUGAGUCACCUGGGAAUAAAAAUAGUGCCAUUAGUUCCGUGAAGAGGCUCUUUUACUUUGUGCCCAAAUGUAGUCCAUCAUUUUGUUGCGUCAAUUGAAAGCAAUGUAUUAAUUCAAUCAGAUAUGAAGAAUAUGGGCCAUGACGCUCGUGCAUAAUUGCCUCCAGACUCGCCAUUUUGUGUACAAUAUUCUUAUUUCUCCCGGAAGCCCACUCAAAACUACUUUGGGGUGAAGUUGGCAUACCAAACUGAAUCGCAAAAAUGAACUUUGCACGCUUAUUGACCAUCUUCUUGAUAUUUAAUUUGAUAAAUCGAUGUAAGUAAGAAAAACAACAUUUUCGUUUAUGUUGCUCUGGUUUAAAAAAAAAAAUGAAAUCUUUGAAUUCACCCGGAAAAUGUUCGGAGGGGGCGUGGCCAGCCUGUGUCGCUAACACCGGCACACCGCUAGCGCACAAGUCCAUAUUUCAGCUGCCUCCGCUUUCCGAUUUAGGCAAAAGCCUCUCAAUUUAUCAUUUUGUGUAUUCUUAACUCCCCCGACACUCCUGUCGUCUUGUACGUAUGUUUACCCGCACGCCCAAGUCCACGUAAAACUACUUGGGGUGAACUCUGCGUACCAAACGGAAAAAACAUGAUUUUGGUGUAUUUGUUGUGUUUUAUUUUCUCAAUGUUACUGUGAAAAUGUCAACCAAAUGGACUAAAUGAAUGAAAUGUAUUGAUGAUGAUGGCCGUGACAGAAAUACUGUAGGUUAGAAACCGAAACAAGUAGAAAAUGCUUUGAUUCAUGUUUCAUUUAGCACAUUUUCUGUUUUCAAUAAAUAUUAUGCUUGAUCAAA